AUGUAUCGUUUAGAGCAAGGUCAAUCAUAUUUGUCUGACAAACAAAGUUCACUUGAAGAUCGAUAUUAUAAUAAUCAUAGUUUUCAAGAAGAGUAUCGAGUUAAUGAUCCUAAUAUUAAUGGUGCAGCAACAAAAAUUCAAGCGAAUUUUCGUGGUCAUCAAACAAGAAGAAGUGUCGAACAUAUGCAAGACGAAAGCAAAAAAGUGAUUGAUGCUGAUCGACAAGAAUUAGGUAUUGGUCGUGAACAAACCGAAACACCAAAUGACAAUGAAUAUCUUACAGAUCGAAAAUCAUCACCUUUACUCAGCAACCGUAUGGGACACCAAGCAUAUAGUAAUGAUACUCAUCAAAUACAAGCAACUGCAGAAGAUGAUGAUGAAGAACGAGAAGAUUCUCCUGUUGAUGAACCAGAAGAACAAUAUCAAGAAGAAGAUAGUGAAAUUGAAAAACAAAAACAAGAAAUUGCUGCAAGAGCUAUUCAAUUUCCUAAUCAGGUAGGAUAUCGUGGUUCAAAAGAUCGACAAAAUAGUCACCGAGAACAAGAAUCGCCUGGUAGUAAACUUGAAUCUACGCAGCUAUCUGAUCGACGAACACGUCAGGAAUUUGAGAAUGAAAGAACACCAACACCGCCAUCAACUCGUUUUAGCGAAAAAAUCGAUAGUGAUCGUCAGGAUCUUGGCGGAAAUUUAACUGCAAACGAUCAACUAGAAACUGGUGAAAACGACGAUACUGAUCGACCACGUCUUGAACGCGAACCAACACAAUUAAGUGAAGAUUUUGAACGACAUACACAAGUUCCACGUGAUUCAGAUUUUGAUCGAGAAUUACAACCGAAUUUCAAAAACGAAGACGACGAUAUGAAUCAUUCAAAUCUAGACAAAGCCGCUACACGUACUCAUGAGCAACAUCCAUCAUCGACAUCUCCACGUACACAUGACGAAUACGAUAAUACUCACAAUAAAAUUUUAUCACCAUCAGCUGAAUAUCAUCCGGAAGUCGAUGGUGAAGAUGACGAUAAUGCAGCAGCUACUAAAAUUCAAGCUGCUUAUCGUGGAUAUAGAGUUCGAAAAGAUUUGGAAAAAUAA